GCACAGCUGACGUUAACGCGAGCACUGGCUUCAAGCGAUCAAUACCGCGUUAUCAACACGUUUAACCCAGUGUGGGUGUUUACAUGCGCGUAGUAUUCGUACCGCGCUUAAAUGAGUUUGACGCGAGUGAUAACGCUAAGUUUCAAUACGGUUUCUUUUAUUAAGAAAUGUAAACCAACAUGCCCCUGCCGGAUCUCAUAAAACGUGCGUCGAGCUAUUUCCUGGGACUCGAGUUCGAUGACAACGAGCCGCUGCCGGAUUACGUCGACAAUGAAAUUUUGUUUUGUAAAAAUAAUGUGUGCGUUCAUCCACCAACUAUUGCGAGACACGAAUUGGAUAUUGUUCAUCAUCCGGGUUAUUUGACGAUAACGACGAAGGUAUUUACUGAUCAACACAAUAACGCUAAACGACCCACGCUAUUUCUGAACUGGAUACCUAAUUCUACUUUAAAAAAAUGUCCAUCUGCCGUCGAAACAAGUCCCAGUGACGAGAUCGGCUAUGGUAUCAAAGCUGCACAUCCUCGAGACAUACCAACUCAAAAGACAGUAGAGCAGAAGAAAAGAAAAUAUACCAAUAAUGAUAACGCCUUCUCUGACUCCUCAGAGACCACCAGCCUCAAUUCAAAUUCAGAUAAACAAAGCAUUAAAUCAAACGAUACGAGGUACACCCAAAACGACACAACUCAUGAGGAAUUAACUUCUAGUUCCAAGCCAACAAUAAAAUCAGCUGAUUCCAGUAAAGAUGAUGUAUUCGUUUCUUUAGAUAAGGAAGAAUCGAAAGAUCAGAUAUUUGAAUUUGAUCGUCAUGUUCGUUCCCAGUCAAUGACGUCCGUUAAUAUAACGAUUGCUAACCCAAAUGUGGAAAACGUUGAUCUUACACCAGACUCUGUUUCUGGUAGUUUCAUGAGGUCCCUGUCGAUGAGUUCGUGCGAUGAAGGCAAUCCUAAUUGGAUGAGUACGCCAGAGUUCUUGGCAUUGAAACAUAAUUUGGUUUUCCCCGACAGCGUUCAGAGCUCCCCAGUGCCGCAAAGACGACAGCCUUUGAAAUGUCGAAGGUUUUCUGUGGAUCUAAGUCAAAUGCGUUCUUUGCGAUUAUUCUUCAAUGAUGAUGAUUGCACGUGCGGUCAACUGGUCGUAGCAUCCAGGGAGUCUCAGUACAAGAUAUUACACUUCCAUCACGGAGGUCUCGAUCACCUAGCGCAAGUGUUGCACAGGUGGCACGCCUUGUUGCAUAACAUUAAAUUGACACCAGGAUCUGAAGAACCUAAUUUACCAUAUCGUCACUUCAUGGUUUGCCGUCCGGAGGUCCAGAAAUCAGAGCAACAUCCUGAAGAAGGAAAAGUUCCAAAAAUUACUCCAGAGCUAUUUUACGGCAAAGUCAUGAAUGGGAAAGGAGCGAUCGAAGAUGAUCUGUUCUUAAGGAAAUGCGUUUUCUUCGGAGGACUGGACAAAGAAUUAAGACGAGAAGUAUGGCCGUUCCUAUUACAUUGUUAUCCAUAUAACUCAAAUUAUGAUGAAAGGGAAAUUAUUUUACAAAUUAGAACAAGAGAAUAUGAUGAAAUAACGAAAAGGCGAUUAGAGAAAAUGACUCCUGAACAACAUGCGAUCUUUUGGAAGACGGUACAGAGCGUAAUAGAGAAAGAUGUCGUUAGGACGGAUAGAGGGAAUCCAUUCUUCGCAGGUGAAAAUAAUUAUAACGUCGAAAUUAUGAAGAACAUUUUACUGAAUUACGCAGUCUAUAAUCCAGCAUUAGGAUACACGCAAGGGAUGAGCGACCUACUGGCGCCUGUUUUAUGCGAAAUAAAGUGUGAGCCAGAAGCAUUCUGGUGCUUUGUUGGUCUCAUGCAGCGAGCAAUUUUCGUUUGUACUCCCACGGACAACGACAUGGAUAACAAUUUGAGUUAUCUUCGUGAACUAAUAAGGAUCAUGCUGCCGCAUUUUUAUAAACAUCUCGAGAAACACGUGGACGCCAUGGAAUUGUUAUUUUGUCACAGAUGGAUUUUAUUAUGUUUUAAACGUGAAUUCACGGAAGCAGUCGCUCUUCGUAUGUGGGAGGCUUGCUGGGCGAACUAUCAGACGGAUUAUUUCCACCUAUUCCUGUGUCUUGCCAUCAUUGCCGUAUAUGCUGAUGAUGUUAUUGCACAAGAUCUCAAUACAGAUGAAAUGUUGUUGCAUUUCAGUUCAUUGGCCAUGUACAUGGACGGUCGCCUCAUUCUCCGAAAGGCGCGUGGUCUACUUCAUCAGUUCAGGCAGCUAGUUCGCAUCCCUUGCACUCUGGUUGGUAUGUGUCAGAGAUGUGGUCCCGGUAUAUGGGACUCCACUCACAGACCCAGCGUGGAAUGUACUGGAGCUCACGAUUUCUGUAAAUACGGAGUGUAAUGAUCUGUUUGGAUGGUAAUCUUCCAAAAAAAUGCAUAUGGAAUUCCAAAGAAAUGCUUUAGUUUUCAGAUAAUUUUUAGUCUUGACUAAGAUGCGUAUAAACAUAGUCUGAAAUCAGGAUUAAGGAUUAUCUUCUUCUGCUUUAAAAAAAAUUAGUCUAUCUAACAGUUGCUUUAUAAAUUUAGAUAUAAUUUUGUUCUUAGUCAGUCGAAACACGUGAAUUUUAAUAAAAUUAUUCUUAAACUUGUUCA